AUGCUUGUCACCAAACAUGCCGCAGAGCUUUGUGCUCUCCUAGUCAACGAUCUUUUUGGCGAACUCCCAUCCCGCAUUUUGGUCGCGCUCUUCACCAAGGGCCGAUGCACACUUGCACAGCUCGUUCAACAUGUAUCACUCGGACCACGACAUCUCCGGAAUGGCCUGGGUGUUUUGAUUCAACAGAAUCUCCUUUACCACUAUACUGACCCUGAUACGGGAGGAACCAACUAUGAAGCCAACUCGGAUGCCUGCUACAACCUCGUGCGAUCUGGCAAAAUACUGGAGGUCAUCAACAGUCAAUACGGUACGGCCGAGAGAGACCUCGUUCAAACCCUGAUGCAACUGGGCUAUGCCAGAGUAGCCGAUCUUACACACGCGUUCACGUCUCGAGCUCCCAAGAUCAAUGGACAUACGAACGGAUCACAUGAGUCAUCAUCUGGCCUGAUAGAGUCCAAGGACCAUCUAAACUCUGCACUGUCACGACUAAUACAGGCAGAAAUAUUGGAAACCGUUCGGCCCGAUUCAUUUCGCAAUCCCGCUGAGGUGUACCGGGAAAUUGAAGCUGAUGUUACAAAGACAGCUCCUGGGGAAAAGGCGAGCAAGAACAAAAUAGAACAGCACAUGCAGAUUGUGGAGCGUUUCAAGACAUUCCGUGACCAGAGCAAGGCCCUGAAACGGCAGCUAGAUCAGACUUCCGGACCUUCUACAAAGAGAAGGAAGCUACAAAAUGGCUCAAGUCACCCGGACCCCUUUGAUGAUGAUGUCGAGUUGAAUCCCAAUGUUGUGGUUCGAGUUAAUCAUGAAAAGUGCUUGGUUGAGCUUCGCAAUCAAAGAUUGGCUGAUUUUGCAGCAGAUAUGCUUGGCGAGACUACGGGCCAUGUUUACCGCUCCCUGCUAGAUUUACUCACAGCAAAGGUCUCCAGAUGUCGAGCAGAUCCUUUGGUUGGUGAAGAGAACAAAGGACCACAGCCCAGCGUCACCACAUUGCAAAUAUACGAAAACUUGAGCGACGAAGUUAAGGUUCUCGGCGGUAUCGGAAAGGCCCCAAAAGACAAAAUAGACUUUGACAGUGCCGAGAAGAUCAGAUCGGGACCUUAUGCCUAUGACAGCGACUCGGAUGAAGAAGACGAGCCAGAGGUCAAGGCUGCUCCUGUCCCUCGCGGACGGUUGGCUAGAGCUGCAGCUGCGGCCGCGGCCGCAGCCUCAGCCAAAGAAAGCGAAGAAGAGGGAUCAGAGGACGAUAUCGAUGCCCAGGGGAGCCAUACACAUACCAACGGCGACAGGUCAACCAAGGUCAAAUUCGAGGAUGGGGCCAUGGCUAAAGACAGUCGGCUGGACCAAAUGCGGCAACAUCUUCUGUUACUGGCUGAGAGCAAGCAUCGUUUUGUACGUCAUUGUGGAACUCAGGGCCGGGGUCAGUGGACCGUGGACUUUGAGUUGUUGAUGGACCGGCUCCGUGAGUCUGAGCUUGACGCGUAUAUUGAGCAGUCGUUCGGACGACAUGGCCUUCGUUUGACACGAAUCCUGAGGGAGAAGGGGAAAUUGGACGAGAAGAUGCUCCCGUCAGCUGCUCUCAUGAAGAAAGGUGACGUCCAAGGGAAAAUGCUAGCGAUGCAAAUGGCAGGGCUGGUGGAUGUUCAGGAGGUGCCAAAGGACAACAGCAGACUGGCCAACCGAACUUUGUUUUUCUGGUUUUUCGAUGGCGAAAGAGUUCAGUCGCAAUUGUUGGAUGAUAUCUACAAGGGUAUGUUACGGUGCCUACAAACGUUGGAUGUGGAGCGGCACAAGGAGCGCAACAUUCUCACGUUUGUGGAGAGAAAGGACGUCAAGGGCAAAGAGGAAGAAGUGAUGACUGCGGAGCAUUAUAACAAAUAUAACCGACAUUUGGAAGGCCAGCAAAAACUGCUCGGCCAGGUGAUGCGGCUGGACGACAUGGUUGCAGUGUUUAGAGAUUAUUGA